AUGAAGCAUAACUUUUGGGAAUAUAGCAGAAAUAUAUUUGAAAACACUAAGGUUUCCAGUCAUACGGGUUUCAGCGGAGAUCUAAAGAAAACAGGAGAAAAAACGAAGGAAAAAACUUUGUUGAAACUUUUUGAUAUUGGUCCUCAAUUCAGUGUAUCUUACUCUCCCUUAUAUCGAGAAACGAUUCCAGAUCUGUCGACAGUAAUUAUCAAACAUGUCCCAGAACCUCUCAACAAACAAAGGGACGUACACGGAGUUAGUUGUCGACUUCUCUUUGAAGGUAAUAUUGACGAAAUCCAAAAAAGCGUUCGACUGAAAAAAUCACAAAAAUCAGAUUCAAUCAGGAAUCAAACACAGGAUUGUCAAAAAUUUGUAAAGACCAGAGGAUAUAUCAAUGAUACCUUAUCGGAGGAAGAAAUGAUGUUUCCUAUUGCUUACAGUAUAAUGGCAUAUAAAAGUCCAGAGCAGUUUGAAAUUCUUCUCAGGGCAAUUUAUCGCCCACAGAACAUUUACUGUGUUCAUAUAGAUAAUAAAACAUCUGACGUUGUUUUCGAGGAUUUUUCAAGUAUAACAAGAUGUUUCCAGAAUGUUUUUCUAGCUUCCGAGAGAAUAUCAGUGCAGUGGGGAGGAAAAAGUGUAUUAACACAAGAGUUGGUCUGCAUGAAGGAUUUAUUGAGAUUCAAAAAAUGGAAAUAUCUUAUUAAUCUAACGGGGCAAGAAUUCCCCCUUCGCACAAAUUCUGAACUAGUGAGGAUAUUAAAGAUUUUCAAUGGUUCUAAUGAAGCCGAAGGUAUACUUAAAAGAGCAAACAAAGACAGGUGGGCUAAUGCUGGACAACCGCCACACAAGAUCCGUCCAAUUAAAGGGGCAGUUCACGUUACAGUAAAUAGAAAUUUUGUAGAAUAUUCAAUCAAUAACCAUGUUGCAAAGGAUUUUCUUGCUUGGGUGCAGAAAGCAGGAACUGUUCCUGAUGAAACAUUUUUUGCUUCUUUGAUCCACAACCCUCAUUUAGGAAUUCCUGGAAGUUUUAAAGGACAAGUUGAAACAGACUAUUCCUUGAAGAAGCCUUUUCUAUCGCGCUUUAAAAGCUGGAGAGAUGCACCAAACUAUUGGCCUUGUCAUGGUCACUUUGUCAGGGGUAUUUGCAUUUUUGGACUCGGGGACCUUCCACUUCUCGCCCGAAGACCCGAAUUCUUCGCAAACAAAUUCCACAUCGACUACCAACCACACACCUUGCUUUGUUUGGAUCAGUUACUUUUCAAUAGGACAAGAGAUGAAUAUUUUGGAAGAUUGCAAUUUGAAACAGAUUACUAUGAGAACUUAGAGUAUAUAAAAAAUGUGGUUUAACGAAGAAAUUUAUUGAUGAGAUAGUAUGGAAAUAUUCGAUGAAAGUCUUCUUGUUUAGUGUAUUGAUGGAUGUUCGUUGUUAAA